AUGGAAAAGAUCCUAAGAUUGCUUGGACCUUCAAAUGCUGCAGUGAUCCAGAAGAUUCAUGUCAGCACGAGUGGAGCAAGGGAUAGGCUUGUCUGGUUAGGCACUAAGGAUGGGGGUUUCACAGUAAGGAGUGCAUAUCAUUUGCAAAAGGAACUCACAACAGGUCAGAAGGGUCAGUCAUCAAGUGGAUCUCUUGAUUUCAAAAACUGGACUUGUUUUUGGAAAUUAAAGAUUCCCAAUGCAGUCAAGGUUUUUCUAUGGAGAGCAUGCUUAGAAUCAUUGCCUACAAUGUCGAACCUCUUCAAGAAGAAGAUUGUGAGCUCUCCUCUCUGCCCAGUUUGUUGCAAUUCUGAUGAGACAGCAGGUCACAUUCUGUGGAACUGUCCCUCAGCCAUGGACGUGUGGAGUUAUGGCCCAAAAAGAAUCCAAAAAAGCUCUGUGAGGGCAGAGAGCUUUUUCAAGAUCAUUGAGGAGCUAAGGGACCUAUGUGACAUACAAACAUUGGGGGCUUUUGUUAUGAUAGCAAGGGAUAUCUGGCAAAGAAGAAACAAGCUGGUUUUUGAGGGAUCCUUUCUACAUCCUAGACUUCUAGCACAGAGGGCUGCCCAUCAACUGGAGGACUUUAAACUGGCUCAGGUGGUUCCAAUGCCUGACUCCCGCUUGCACACCAACCAGGCAUCCAUAUGGUCUCCUCCUCCAGAGGGAACUGUAAAGGUAAAUUGGGAUGUAGCCGUGAGUGAAGCACGUGACAGGGUGGGGAUUGGUCUGAUAGCUCGGGAUCAUAGGGGUAAUGUGAUUGCUGUAAAGAGGGUAGCAAGGGAAGGCUGUGUUGCUCCUUUGCUGGCAGAGGCUAUGGGAGGACUUCAUGUAGCUAUGUUUGCAUCCGAGCUCAACCUGUCCUAA